AUGUCUAUCUUGAGCUCUGCGGGGUUCGCACCGCCUCAAGCCGUAGCCUUACUGGUGAGCCUCACAUCACAACCUCCAUAUAACUCAUACUCAGCCUCGUCUCAUGAUUCAUUGAAAUGUGCUAACAUAUAUCCAAAGGUCGUCUAUUGCCUCGUCUACGUCAUUCCUCUCUACUUCUCAGUUGCAACACGACCUUCACCAACUCGCUCCAGAGAUGCACCUGAGGCUAUCCGCGCACGUAUCUUUGUCGUCUCACUCUCAACGGCAGUAUGCUCCCUCGUGACGCUGUAUCUGCUCUCAUCUCACGGUGCAAUUGCCGUUGAGAAGCCCUUGCAUUUCAUGGGCUACUGGCCGCCAGGACUCAACGAUGCUGCUCGUGCGCUAUGGCUCACGGCCCUGCUGUUUGCGGGCCCCUUGUAUGAGUCUCUCGUCAUUGAUGGCGCGGCUCAUCAAUGGCUUCGUCUUCAGCCUCUGAGGGAUCUGUGGACUGACUGGCCAACUUGGAGAAACAUGGUAGCGGGCCCUAUUACCGAAGAAUGCUUGUUCCGUUCCGCUGGCGUUCCACUACUUCUCCGUUCUGGAGCCAGCCUUACUGGCACCAUCUUCAUGUCGCCGCUCAUCUUCGGUCUGGCUCACCUUCAUCAUUUUUAUGAGUUCCGUAUCACGCACCCUCGAACUCCUCUCCCUGUGGCCAUCGCGCGGUCAUUACUUCAGCUAUCGUACACGUCCCUGUUCGGAGCAUAUGCCACUUUCUUAUUCCUAAGAACUGGUAGCUUGUUGGCCGUUGUGCUCGUGCACACCUUUUGCAACUGCAUGGGCCUCCCACGUCUUUGGGGCCAGCUUGAUCCUUACUGGCUGCCAGAGGGUGAUCCGUCCGUAGCCUCGUCUAGAAAGAUGUGGACUGGUGUUUAUUACGUACUUUUGGUGGGCGGCUUAAUUGCUUGGUGGCAGAAUUUGUACUCGUUGACCGAGACACCAAUGGCGCUGGCCAAGUUCUAA